AGACUGCUGUAGAGACAGAAAGCAGAGCUGGGAGUAGCAAUAUGGCCGCCAACUACAGUGCAAACCAGUAUCAGAGUGCGUUUAAUGCCAGGAGCCUGCAGAACUGGAAUGUCUCAAAGCUCUCCAAAGAGAAACCUUCCACCCACGACGGUUACGCUCAGUUCAUAGCGAACGACCGGGGUCAUCUGCUUCCAGACGUGCCAAAGUCCAAGGAAGACCCAUGGGGAUCAUUCGUCGGAACCUGGGACAUGCCAAAAAAAAUGCCUCCUGCUAAAAUUAGCCUGACCUCUCGCUCAGUGCAGGCAUCAAAGCGCCUCCUAAACUGGAUCGACAACUCUUCGUCCUUCAUCAGUGCCAAUAACGGGCUGCGUCCAGACAUUACAGGGAAGCCUUCAGGGGACGUACAAGAUGUCUUGAAAUGCAGUAACACUAUUAGUCAUGAAAAGUCUGAGUGUCAUGCAGAGAAGAAAAUGGAGACCAGUGCACCUCCUCCACCUAAGAACCGGUCUAGGCCUAGCACAGGAGGUCCUGAGCGCUCCAAAGCACAAACCAUGAAGAGCCCUUAA